CUGUACUGUCAAAUCCUCCCACAUGUUUCUAGUAUGACCAGCGGUUUUCAGUAACAAGUAUUUGUUUAUUUAUUCAGUUGUCAUAUUGGCAGGUUUGAUAGCUUCUAGCGUAGUGUUUUAUAUGCAAUGCGACCUCCUCGUAAUUAACAGUCAGUGUUCACGAGUGUCCUGACGAGAAGGAAAACUUGUAUAACUAUGUCAGGCAAAAUCGGGCAUUAUCAGCUCAUUGUUGUAGAUGUAUCUUAAUGAAUUGUUAGUCGUAGCUAGUUGGCUAGCUAGCAUACAAGAGAUGGUAAGUUGGCUAGUUGGCUAGCUAGCAAACAAGAGAUGGUAAGUUGGCUAGUUGGCUAGCUAGCAAACAAGAGAUGGUAAGUUGGCUAGCUAGCAUACAAGAGAUGGUUAGUUGGCUAGCUAGCAUACAAGAGAUGGUAAGUUGGCUAGUUGGCUAGCUAGCAAACAAGAGAUGGUAAGUUGGCUAGUUGGCUAGCUAGCAAACAAGAGAUGGUAAGUUGGCUAGCUAGCAAACAAGAGAUGGUAACGGAACAUAAGGACGACUGGGUCGCGUCUCUAGCAACUAAAAUAUGAGAAAGUAUGAAUUCGCUUAUAUAAAUGAAAAUAUCAACGAAACAAAUGUUAUUUCUACGGGUAAAUAUGUGCUUAGUAUUGUUUUCUUUGGCAACCGUGGUAUAAGCGGGAUAAACAGCUUAAACAAACGUUAUUCUUGGUGCGGAGGUGGUGACUGUGUGUAGCCGUAGCUAGCUAGCAACAGGCAAGGGGUGAUAAUGUUUUCACUGAGCAUGGCAACGGAACUUAAAGAACGAACGACUGGGUCGCGUCUCUAGCAACCAAAAUAUGACAAAGUAUGAAUUCGCUUCUACAAAUGAAAAUAUCAACGCAAAAUAAGUAUUUCUACCGGCAAAUGUGUGCUUUCAUAUUGUUUUAUUUGGCAACUGUGAUAUAAGCGGGAUAAACGCCUCUGUACAUUAUUUUUGAAAAAUGAACUCCGCAAAGGGACCAUUAUUUCCAAGGUAACGUUAAUGUACAGAACGGAGGCGUUUACGUAUCCACCAAUCCAAAGAAAGGAUAGACGGGAGAUAGUCAGCCCGCGGUGCCGCUUUGGGCGGAGAGACAGACCUGUAUUGUCUUGUCAUGCAGCGUUCAAAACAACUGGGAACUGGGACUUCAGUGUGUUUAAAACAAGAUCACUGACCUCAUCAUUUGACCUCGUAUUUUUCAGAGUUCCCAGUUGUUUUGAAAUCGGCAUCAGUAUAUCGAUAAUUAUUGAGUAGACGCAGGUCUAGCAUCCGCGUAUCCACCUGAAAUCCAUGAAGCAGAAAUGCUAAACUGACCUUAGAUCAGGCACUCUACUACGAUUCACAUAUUGAAACCGAAACAAGGUAAAUGCGUUUGGUUUUCAUAUUGUCAAUAGCAGUCGAAAUAAACUACAUCUCGCUCUGAGUUGAAAUUAGUGUUGUUUAAACUGAAACGGAGCAGUUUCGUCUGAGUGUGCCAGAGUGCAGAACAACGGAGGAAUUUACGAAUGCUCAACACAGGUUAAAUAUGACAGGUGUCAGUCAACGUCGGCCAAAAAAUUUUGCCAGCAGCACAGUUACAGGCACCAAUGCUCUAGAUAAGGUGACAACAGCCUAACCAGCUCUGCUAAGGUGAUGAACCUCUCAGAGGAGAACAGAACAGUCGUGGUCUCUGGUGUACCAGACACACUGUCCAGCUGUCGCAUGGCAGACAAACUGGUUAUUCACUUCCAGAGCUCCAGAAGCCACGGAGGAGAUGUAGAAAACAUCAAGUACCCGACCAGCUUCAAGGGGGUGGCUUUUGUUACAUUUGAAAACACCAGAGAUGCUGAGAUGGUAACCAGGAAGAAACAGAUCAUGUGUGAUAAGGAGUUCCCUCAAGACUACCCUAUCACUGUAUACAAAUUCACCCAAGACGUGUUGUUCUACGUGAACGCUAAAGUGGACCUGUCAAUCUUCGGUGACGAGGAACAGCAGGAGUCUGUGAUCCAAAGCUUGCAGCCUGCUCACAGAUCAGUGAGGAUCUGCCUUCUACCCAGCCAGGAGGGUAAAGCUUCAGUGGAGGGGCCCUUCUCUGCUGUCAGGGCCCUGAGAGAGGACCUGCUCCAGCGGGCCACUGCCAGCAGCAGCAGUCACCCAGAGGAGAAGCACAGGGCUCCAUCGAGCUCUGGUUACUCCCUGACCUCAGUGGCAGCAGGGAAUGGGGUAUCCCAGGUCAGCAGCAGUCAUGCCUUGGAAAAGCACAGAGCUCCAUCUCCAUCAAACCAUGAUCAUUCCCUGAGCUCUGUGGUAGCAGAGAGUAGGUCUUCCAGGGUCAGAUCUGCUGAUGGUGCUGAGGUGGACUUCCGGGUCAGCGGUUACACCUGGGAGAAGAAGAACGGGGCAGCUCCAUCAAGUGCUGAUCAUUCUCUGUCAAGCUCUGUGGCAGGAGGGAGUGAGGCUUCUACAAUAAAUCAAUCCUUGGAAAAGCACCGCAGGGCAGCUCCAUCAAGCUCUGAUCAUUCUCGGAGCUCCAUGGCAUCUGGGAGUGGGGAAUCCAAGGUCGUCAGCAGCAGUCACACAUUAGAGAAGUACAUCGCUCCGUCAAGCCGUGAUCAAUCUCUGUCAAGCCCAGUGGCAGCAGGGACUUCCAAGGUCAGCUCAGGGGGUGAUGUUGACGUGGAAGAGGAGUCCAUGUGGGUGGACACAAACAUAUUUCUUUACAUUCAGAGAUUUUCUAAAGAUCAAUUUGACCAAUGCUUUAGGAACCACGGUGUGUCGGCUGUGUUCGAUGACAAUGAUGUGGCCGACCUGACUCUGAUAUCCCUGAGAGGAGGACGCAAUAGCAAGGGUCUCUCUGAAGUCCAGCUGACCAUGUCAGAGCUGACUGAUUUGGUCGCUGUUUGGCAGUCAACCCUGAGAAUCCACACUAUAGACUAUAGAAGGCAGGACGUGCUUGAGAGAAGGAGGCUGCUGCAAAUCUGUGCCGAGGUAAACAACCUUUAUGAAGACGUUCUGUACGUGCAGAAGGAGUUUAGUGUCCAGGUCAUCGGUCCCUCUAUGUCCAGUCAUCUCUUUAGUGAGUGUGUGAAGGAUAGAAUGGAUCAACUGGAUAAAGAGAACUUGUAGUCAGAAGGUGAAUCAUUUUACCAUUCUGCAAUAGCAGCUAUGCACGAAGAGCUUUUUGCGCGGUAUAUAUUGAUAGCACUGUGAGACGUUUUCAAGAGAUUUCUGUGACAACUAAAUAGUGUUGAGUUUGUGUUAUUUGCUGUGCCUCAACAAGGAUGCUGUUUUGUGUCAAGCUAGCCAUGAAGGAAUAUCUAGAUAAUAGACUAAAAACGACGUUAAUGAGUCAACACUAGAGGGUACUGUUGUACUGAAUAUACACUAUUUGUUCCAUUAAAUCAAUUAUUUCUGUGUCCUGAC